GAUGUUGCAGACAGUCUGCAUGAGCCCUGAGCUGCUGGUCAACCAAAGCAAGAGUGAGAGUGAACUCUGUGGCUACAGCCCAGGCCAGGGCUCUCCCCUGCCUGGGGAAACCGCCAGCCCCAAGAGCUGCUCCCAGCAGAGCCCAUCUCUGCCGGACCCGGGAUGGACUGAGCUGAACGUGGCGAGCCCCAAGGUCUCCCACCCUCCUCCUCCUCCUCCAUGCAAGCCUCCAGGGAUGCCUGCUGCUGCUGACUCUGAACUUAGCUCUGAUCCCCCUCAGAAGCGCUACAUGGGUGUGAGAGUGAAGAUGCCAGUGCGGGAGCUGCUGAGGAAAAUCCGACUUUCCAAAGGCUUGGACCCAGCUCCAGGCAAGGAGGCCUCAGCAGUGAAGAUGGCAGCCAGAGGAUCCUCAGGAAAAACAGCAGAGAAGAGGAGAUCUCACCCUUAUACAGAGAAACAGCUUAGACAGAGCAAGCAGAGCGCUGGGCAAAGCCCCAGAGGCUUGGAGGACCUCGACAUCCUGGUGGAGGUGCUGCAGGAGGAUCUGAACCAGAGCCAGCUCGGGGAGGAGCGCCGGCAGCCCGUGCCAGACGGGUUCUGGCAGGGAUUCACCCGGGAGCUGCAGAGCUGCUGCUGGCAGGGCAGGGCGGCAGCGCAAGGGGGACCAGCAGAGCUUCACCCCCAGCCCUGGGGCAGAGAAUUCCACCCCGUCCUGCGGGGACAGGCACAGCCUUCCCUCCAUGGUCAGCAGGAGAGCACCCAGAGGUCCUGCUCACAUGGGAUGUUCUCCAGGACGGGCGAGGACGGGGGCAGCUGGUGGGUGCAGGAUGGUCCCUUGGGCUCCCAGGAGGGUUUCAUGAGGGAUUCUCCAUCCCAGGGAUGUCUCCUGAGGAAUUCUGCACCCCAGGGAUAUUUCCUGAAGAGCUCUCCAUCCCAGGAAUGUCUCCUAAGGAACUCUCCACACCAGGAAGGUUUCUUGAGCGAUUCUGCAUCCCAGGAAUGUCUCCUGAGGAAUUCUCCUUCUCAGAAAGGUUUCUCAAGGAAUUCUCCAUCCCAGGAAUGUCUCCUGAGGGAUUCUGCAUCUCAGGAAGUUUUUCCAAUGAAUUCUCCAUCCCAGGAAUGUCUCCUGAGGAAUUCUCCAUCCCAGGACGCUUUCUUGAGGAAUUCUCCAUCCCACAAGGAUUUCCCAAGGAAUUCUUCAUCCCAGGAAUGUCUCCUGAGGAACUCUGCACCCCAGGAAUGUUUCCUGAGGAAUUCUCCAUCCCAUGAAGGUCUCCUGAGGAACUCUCCACGCCAGGAAUGUUUCUUGAGGAAUUCUGCACCCCAUGAACAUUUCCCAAGGAAUUCUGCACCCCAGGAAUGUUUCCUGAGGAACUCUCCAUCCCACAAAGAUCUCCUGAGGAAUUCUGCAUCCCAGGAAGGUUUUCUGAGGAAUUCUCCAUCCCAGGGAUGUGUCCUGAGGAAUUCUGCAUCCCAGGAAUGUUUCCCAAGGAAUUCUGCAUCCCAGGAAUGUUUCCUGAGGAAUUCUCCAUCCCACAAAGAUCUCCUGAGGAAUUCUGCAUCCCAGGAAUGUUUCCCAAGGAAUUCUGCACCCCAGGAAUGUUUCCCAAGGAAUUCUGCACCCCAGGAAUGUUUCCCAAGGAAUUCUGCACCCCAGGAAUGUUUCCCAAGGAAUUCUGCCCCCCAGGACACGCCUGCAGUCCCUGGCUUGGCAGAGAUGCUGCAGGAAGCUCCCAGGGGCUCUCCAGAUGUGGAGGGACAUUUGAGGCCGACCCCAAAUUCCUUCACCAGGCAGGACCUCUCUGCCCUCUCCUUCUUCCAGUUCCAGCUGCACAGGGAGGAGAACUGGCUGAGGAACAUCCCGGAGGAAGAACUGCUGGCUCCUGAUGAAAAUGGCAGCAGGCUGCUGCACAAGGCUGUUGCCCAGGGAAGGAGGGCUCUGACUUUUGCCCUGGCCCAGAGAUUUGCCUCCCUCAACAAGAUCGACGAGAAGGAUGCAGAGAAAAGGACUGCUUUACAUCUUGCUGCAGAAAAGAACCAGCACCUGAUGGUGAGUGACCUGAUCUCCCUGGGAGCCAACGUCAACGAGCAGGACAGCUCAGGGAAAACUCCCCUCCACCUGUGCGCACAGAACGGCUACCUGAGGGUUCUGCAGGUCCUGAAAAGCUGCAAGAGCAACGGGGUGUGUGUGGAGGUGGAUCUGCCUGACCACCAUGGCCUGACCGCCCUGCACUGCGCUGCCCUCGCCCACACCGUGCUGGUGGCACAAUCCCAGAGCCCGGGCAGGGACGGCGGCGCCGGGAGGCUCCUGAGGCUGCGGAGGGCCCAGAUCCUGGAGGGAAUCCUGUGCCUGCUCCAGAUGGGAGCAAAGCCCCAGCUGCAGGUCCUGGACUCCUGUCCGGCCUCCAGCCCCUGCCUGAAGCUGGAGGAGAACACAGAGCUCAUGUGUUUGCUUCGGACUCACCAACCCCAGGCACAGGAUGCUCCUCAGCAGAGCUGCAGCCUGCUGGAUGCUCCCGGAGCAAUCCCCGCUCCCCCAGGUGCAGAAAACUCACCUGGACUGGGCUCCUUGUCAUCCUCAGAGCUCCUCGAUGUCCUUCUCGAAGGGAAAUGCUGAGAGCUCUCACCACCUGCACCUGAUGGGCCACCUGCUGCAGGAGAAAAACCAGAGCACAAGCACCAAAAUAUAGAAUAUUUUAUGUUUUAUCUUGAACUGACUGCUGCAAAGAUCUCACCUGGACCCAGAAUUUAAAAAGCUGAUAAAUGUGGGAAACCCUCAGUGCAGGUUGUGCAGGAAUUCAGGGUUAGGUGCUCCAGGAAGAAUUGCAUCUUCAUUUUCUCACAAAUUUGUGUUUUUCUGCUCAGGUCUGAUGUCAGUCUGAAGCUCUGAUGAUUUUUCAUGCAGGUGUUUAGACAAAGAAAAAUAUUUUAACCAUCCAGGGUCUAGUCUUGAGGGUUUCAGCC